GUGUUACGCGCGCGACCCGGCCCGGCUGCGAGCGCAGUACGCGCCCGUCGGCACGAAAACGCGCAUCAUCGCUGCCGCCGUAAGCACCACCAAGUCUCCGAAGGGGAAAGCGCGCUAAAGUACGCCGCGCCACAAGUUGCAGCAGGACGUCUCAGACCAUAACCGGCUAAGCGUAAAUACGACAUACCUACCUAUACCUGAUUAUUGUAUUAUUAUCAAACGAGGUUGAGUCGUGGUAUAUAACCGCGGCGUGAGUUUAUCGGUAACGAUGACGUCCAGCGACGGAGGACUGCAGUCGUGUCGCCGGCAGGACAAUCGCAACAGCGGCGGCGGUGGCGGCCAAAACCUGCCGAUAAUAAUGGCCACCGGUUGUCGGAUGCCGCGGUCGCCGUCUCGCGACAAGGACUUUGCGUCGUGCGCCGCCUCCAGGACCUCCACAGGCGCCCAUCAACAGCAACAACAGCCCUUCGCCACCACCGCCGUCGUCCUGAACCGCGUCACCAGCUCUUAUCCCGAAGCGUUUUUCAAAAGGAUGUCACAGGACAUAACUAAUUCGGUGUGGUUCGAGGAAGAGAACGAUUUGAUAAAAAGCUGCGGGGCACUGCAGUCAGCGCUCGGUCUAUCCAAAAGCUUCAGUACCAGCGACAUCGCGGACGCGACCAGCAUGGACGCUGGAUGUUGGAUGGCGGACAGCGAGGACGUCCGCAUGCCGCACAGCGCUUCCGAGCUGGCCAUAAACAAGUUGCGCAUAAACUCGGACGUGCUUCUGAUGGCCACCACCAUGCAGGGCCGGUUGGGCAACACGUCGCGGUCGCUGUCCACGUGCGUGGUGGUCGGCGACAUGGCGUCCACGUCGCAACUGCCGUCGCCGAGCCGGUACUCCAGCUCGCUGCACAACAGCUACGCAUCGUCCGCGUUCAGUCCCACCGACCUCGUGAGAUCCGUCAACAAAAAGGUGCGGCAAAACUAUAUUCAACGGCGUCUACUGAUCACUUACAAGACAUUGGAACGUUUGUCACUGAGCGAAUUCAACUUAGACAAGUCUAGUUCUGGAGGAGGAGCCGACCACGUACCGGACCAACUGCAGUUGUCCGACCGCAAUGACGCUACCGGAGCUGCCAUAGCCGCCGCCUCAGGUUCAAGCAAUUAUUUGAGCGUACCGAGGACCGGCAAGCCGCUGUGCCCGGAUGACAUUGCCGUGUGCACAGACACCAUAAAGCGAUAUCAGCCGAAGGCGUUCACCAGAUACGACAGGAACAUGUUCAUAGUCAACUGGCUGGAUAACAUCGAUCCGCAGAACACCACCGCGGAAGAUCAAUAAAACACACACACACGAUAUUGACAAUUUAUAUAAUUAUAAUAAUAUAAUAAUUGAAGGACUUGCUGCAAAAGCUACCAGACAAAUCGACUUUUUGAAAUAAGUUACUGCAGGGUCAUCAUACAACACUUUUUGAUGGUCUAAUAUUUUUUUUUUCAAUUAUACUUAUAUUUACAAUUAUUUCGAAUUCCAUGCAAGAUACUGCAGGGCUUGCAUGAUGAACAGUGGACAUUGUUGUUUCGUCUGAGUUCUAUGUAGAUGCAUUAACUUAAUUUCUUAAAAAUGUGAUAGACUUCAACUGACAUGGACUUAUCUGGUUUCUUCCCAACAAUUAUCUUUUUAUUUGUUUUCAAACCACGUUCGACACUAAUCAAGUCGAAGAAUGUAUGCAUACUAUUAUAGUAGGUUUACUUAUGUUUAUUUUUUAUGUCAUAAUGUGACCAUUAUUUGUAGCAAAAUUCAGAAGAGUCCGCGGACUUGUCUGAUUCUUGCACCAAAAGAAAAAAAUAAAUCAAGAUAAGUCCAUUCACAAUAAAAACUAUUCCUAACCUACUUAUGUCUUUUAUAUUAUAUAUAAUCAUUAUUACCUACCUAUAUCUGGUUAUUGUACCAACGUGUGGGGGGUUUUUGUUUUUGGUUUUAUACCAUAAAAAUUUACAUUUUCAAAAAAAAGCGAUUUUAUGGUGAUUUUUGCAGCAACCUCUUUGAUUUAGUGUUAUUGUUAUAGAGAAAUUCGCGCGCAACUUAAUUCAAUAUGAGCAUCGAUAUCAAUGCUGCUAAAAAAAAAUUAACUGCUACCUAUAUUAUAUAAUAUUAUUAUUAUCAAUUAUUUAAUUAUUAUCUGAUUGUUGUUAAUUUGGACACGUAAGACCGUGGUCAUCAUCGCGUGUGAACCAUAUUAUAUUAUAUUAUAUUAGGUAUUUAUCAUUCAUAUAUAAUGAAUGCGUUAUGACCAUAUAUUAUUUUAAACCGAUUAAUUCUAAAUGUUUCGUUAACAUAUGUUAUAUUAUGCACAUAUAUAGACGUGAGUGAUGUCGUUUUAAAGACGAUUUUUCACUUCCUAAAGUUAUUACGUCAUAUUUUAUAAAAUUGACAGAGAGAUAGAAUAAUUAAUAAUUAUUAACUCUUGUUUAGGCUUGAGCCAUUUAGCAUAUUUUUCAUCAAAACAUCUAAAUGUGUUGUGCCGAUUUGAUAUUAGGUAUUUAAGUAAAUAAUAUUCCACCUUGCAUUUACGUUAAACAGAUGUUUUUAUUAGGAAAACUGAAGAAACAUAACAUUAUAAUUGCAUGAAUUUAAAUUUAAUAUAUUUUAUAAAUAGAUAGUAUCUGUGAAUCACACAACAAUUAAGGUUGCAGGCUAACUUUUAUUAUAACAUUAUAUAAAUGUUUCAUUUUUGGUCCCUACUUCCUAACAAGACUAUAAAAGUCUAGCUAUUUACAUAUAUUUAUCCAUGAAAGUAUCUACGAAUCUAAUUCGUUCCUUUGGCUUAAAAAUAUUCCUAUUUCGUUUGUACCUAUUUGAUAAAUUAUAAUUUUGUACCAACCAUCUUGAUGUAUUGAUGUUUCUAUUUGUUGACUUAUAUCUUAUAAAGCGUAGGUAAUGAUAUUCAAAAUAUAUUAGGUAGGUUUAAGGCAUGGUUUAAGUUGGAAAUCUGUAUAAUAAUUACAUUUAUCACAUAACUGAUAAAUUAUAUGUAGAUAUAAUUUAAUUAACUUGUUUACAUUAAAAUGAUCAGUGAAUUUGUCAAGAAUCGAAAGUCAAUUAAAUUAACAUUUUUAUUACGAUUUUUAACAGUAUAUAUACUAUAAUAUACUACUAUAGGUUAAUCAAUUUACAUGUAUUACAUUUUAUGCUAAAAUUGGAAAAAACCAAUGAUAUAGAUAUUCUAAAAUGUUUUUGUUUACUAACGUCCGCCAAUCUACUUUUGUAAAAUAUUAGUUGAGGUACGCUCAAAUAUUUAAAAACAAAUUUAAAUAUAGUACUAUGUCUCCUCAAUCCUCACAUUCUCUACAAUAUCACUAUAUUGUCCAAUCCUAGCAUUGUAGGUACCUAUAACAGUAUUACGCGUUGAUCAAUUUAGACGAAGACUUGAGAAAUUUGUUUUAAGGCAUAUAUUUUAUUACAACACGUAUAACGAACCAAAUGAUUAAAUACAAAUCUAAUAUUUUAAAAACAUUAAAUUGUUAAGAAUAACAAUAUCAUAAAAGUAAACAAUAAACGAUAUAUAAAAACAUUUUUUCAUACUUAAAAGUUUUAGAGAAGCUCAUUAAUCAUUAUUAUUCUAAUAUUAUUAAAUAAAAAAUACAAAUAACUUAUUAAGUUUAAUUUGUACUAGCUACUUAGAUAUUUACCUAAACUAUAUGUCCUUUAUACAUUUCAAAUACUUGUUUUUACUUAUAUUAUAUGAAGUGGCCAAGACCAUUUAUUUAAAACAUAAUUUUAUACAUAAAUUUGUAUGACAUUAUGUUGCCAAAAAAUUUUAAAUUGACAAAAUACAAUUUUUAUAUUUUGCUUGUAUUUUAAAAGUAUUAAGUAUGUGAAUUACCUAAAUGUUUUAAGUCUAUUUAAAAUGCGGCCUUAAAUCAUGUUACCAAUUCAAUUUUUUUUUUUUAUGUGUUUAAUUUAUAAAACUUAAUUCAUUAUAAUUAUCAGACUAAAUUAUAUACACCAGUUAAGCUUAUAUUCUUAUAAAAUACUAUUUUUUUAUCUAGGUAAUAAUAUAAUAACAAUAUUAUUCCAUUAUUCAAAUUAUAAUAAUAAUUGCAUUUAAUAAUAAAUCUUUUAAAAAUGUUAAAUUAAAUGUUUUCAACUAACGUGGCAGUACAAUUGAUAACAGUUACUCAUCUACAAUCUAAAAACCAAAAUAAAUAAUAUAUUAUAACGUAUGUUGAGCUUAAAAUAUCUUGUUAUAUUAUAAUAACACAUUGUUUAUGUUCUGGACCCACUGUACCCAGUCAUAUGGGUCAGGAGCAGGAAAAUCCCUCAGAGUUUUUUUGUUGUUGGGUGGCCGGCUGGGUGGUUGAGUGUUUCAGCGUUUGACGUAUGUAUUAGAAAAAUACUGUUGAUGGAUAAAAUACUAAAAUACGCAUAUUAAUUAGGUAAUUUCAUAAUUUGUAUAAUAACAUAAUUUAACAAUAUUGCAUAUUUUGGAACCCUACAAGAGUAAAAUCAGUUUUUAAUAAAGACUUUUUAAAUUUUACGGUAUUUCUUAAAUCCGUCCAUAUAUUAAAAAAUACAUUUUUCUAAUUUUGAAAUACUCAAAUCAUUCUACUUAAUAUAUAAUAAAUUAAAUCAUUUUUAAAUAAUAAAUUAACACCUGCAUUUCCAACAGAUCCAUUAAAAUAUAACCUGUAAGCCUUUAGAAUGAAACCAUUAUUGUGUUUAAAAAAGUAAAAUUGAUAAUAUCAACCUAUUAUCAGUACCUACUUAGAAUGAUCGUUGAAAGCUUAGUAUUGUUAUGUUUUUUCAAAAUAUAAUUUUGAAUUGUAUAACUACCUACAUACUAUUACCUAUGUCUAUUAAUCGCUUGUUCAAUGUUUUAUAUAAUAAUAUAUAUAUGUUUAUUUACAUAGUAUAUAGUAUAGUAUAGAAUAACCUAUAUAGUAUUUGCUUAUAAUUUAUCGUUGUCAUGAAUAGUUUAAAUAGUUUACUAAUCAAUAUUCCUACAUUAUAUUAUUAUAUUGAUAUUGUAUUUGAUAAUUUCUUUAUCUUAAAUGUAUUACAUAUUUUGGUUAUAUUAUUGUUAUUAUUCAAAUAUAUGGUAAAUAACAUAAUAUUAUAUUAAUACAAUUAGGUACCUAUAUCAGUAUAGUAAAAAGUGAAUAAGUUUCAGACAAAGUUUUACCUAAUGUCUAUAAUUGGCUAUUAGUGAUGUGUUGAAUAUUUUUAAUCAUUAAAAUAAAAUAAUACAAUUUUAACAAUUACAA